AUGAAUGAUCGAACUCCAAGCAUACCAACGACGGUACAUUCCCGAAGCACGUCCUCGGAAGAGACCCUAUCUCUCGCGAAAUCUUGGGUGCGAGAUUGUGUGGCAAAUCAUGAAGCAUGUAACGCGAACUAUGCAGACCAAAAGUGGUAUCCGACACGUCUUGUUGAUUUCGGGCCUGUGGAAAACGCAUCUAUCUCUUGCCGUAUCCUGAACACUAAGGAGAAUAUCCCCGACGGUCCUUAUAGGACGCUUAGCCACUGCUGGGGGCUCGCAGACUGCCUUUGUCUGACCAUGAGUAAUUACGACGAGUUACACGCUGGAAUUCCCCUAGAAAGCGUCCCGCGGCUGUACCACGAUGCGGGGCUCGUCGCCAGAAGACUCGGUAUUCGGUAUCUAUGGAUAGAUUCUCUUUGCAUCAUUCAGAAAGGCGAUGAAAUGGACGACUGGCGCCACGAGUCAACCCUCAUGGACAAGGUGUAUUCCCGCGCCUUCUGCAACAUCUCCGCCAUGUCUGCUCCCGAUGGCAACCACUCGUUGUUUAACGACCGCGAUCCCGAUUUCCACCAACCCCAAAUCGUUGACUUACAAACCGGAGACUCCACGAUUCCAUACCUGGUCAUAGACGAGGCGUUCUGGGACAGCGAGGUCUCGCAAGCGCCCAUCAACAAAAGAGGCUGGGUGCUACAAGAAGUGCUUCUCUCUCGACGCAUAUUAUACUUUGGUGAGAGCCAGAUCCUUUGGGACUGUCGGUCCCAUCGCGCGGCUGAGAUAUGGCCCCCGGAUGCUCCUCUCGACGACCUCACCAAAAGAGGCCACGUCAAAGAUCUUGGCCUCGGCUGUGGUGUCAGUCAUGGCUCUAGCGAUAGCCGCAAUGCGCACCUCUGCUGGGACGAUAUCGUUUACGACUAUACCCGUUGCGACAUCACCUUUGCUGGCGACAAAAUGGUCGCUCUUUCUGCGGUCGCGAAGGAGAUGGCAUUGGUAUUUGGGGAUGAGUACGUGGCGGGGAUGUGGCGCCGGUACUUGGAAUCUGGGCUCCUCUGGCACGUAUGCGAAAAUCGGACCGCUCCGAGUCCGCGAGCCGCGGUCUAUCGCGCUCCGAGUUGGUCGUGGGCGGCGGCAGAUGAUGCGGUAUUCCCGGGCCGACCGUUCGAGAAGGGGGCCUCAGAGAUUCUCAUAGAGGUGGAGGACUAUCACCUCGACUACACCACGAAGGACAGAACCGGGCUGGUUUCCGGAGGAUGGCUGCGCCUGUGGGGCGUGCUGAAGCCGAUCAAGCUCGUGCCUCAUACUGUAGCGACAAGACCGAAUGACGUCCAGUGGGAAGUACUCGUCGAUGGAGCAAGUAACAUUGUUGGGACUUCGGUGCAUUUCGUGGGACUAGACGACUUUCACGCCAACUUUGACGAUGAGAAUGCCGAGUCGGCGUUGUUUUGUAUGCCAGCUAAGCUGCUUACUGGCCUGAAUGACUUUCUCUACAUUCUGUUGCUCGAGUUGCUGGAUAAAGAAAGAGGCAUAUUUCGCCGCAUUGGGCUUGCUCGGGGGUUUUCUGGGGAAGCGAAGAACCGUGUUUUGGCGCGCAGUGCGGAAGAGAGCAAGCUUCCUUGCGAAGAGUAUCGUGGCGGAAGACACUUGAUACGAGUUAUAUAA